AAGAAGAAGCUAAAGACUCAAACUUUUACAUAUCAACCACCAAAGACAUAACAUAGAGAAGACACUAAAAAUGGCACAGAUUAACAACAUGACACAAGGGAUACAAACCCUUCAUCCCAAUUCCAAUAUUCAUAAACCCCAACUCCCCACAUUUUCACCUUCUCUUUCUUUUGGAUCUAAAAAUCUGAAAAAUUCAACAAAAUCAAUAUGGGUCUUGAAAAAAGAUUCAGUUUUUACAACAAAGUCUUCUUCUUUUAGGAUUUCAGCUUCAUCAGUGGCUACAACCUCUGAUAUUGUGUUGCAACCCAUUAAAGAAAUAUCAGGCACUGUUAAAUUACCUGGCUCUAAAUCAUUAUCCAAUCGCAUUCUCCUUCUUGCUGCACUAUCUGAAGGAACCACUGUGGUUGACAAUUUGCUAAGUAGUGAUGAUAUUCAUUACAUGCUUGGUGCCUUAAAAACACUUGGACUGAAAGUAGAAGAAGACAGUGCAAACCAACGAGCUGUUGUUGAUGGUUGUGGUGGGCUGUUCCCUGUUGGUAAAGACUCCAACGAAGAAAUUCAACUUUUCCUUGGAAAUGCAGGAACUGCUAUGCGGCCACUAACAGCAGCAGUUGCUGUAGCUGGUGGAAAUUCAAGGUAUGUACUUGAUGGAGUUCCUCGAAUGAGAGAAAGACCAAUUGGUGAUUUGGUUGAUGGUCUGAAGCAGCUUGGUGCACAGGUUGAUUGUUUCCUCGGUACAAAAUGUCCUCCUGUUCGAAUCGUCAGCAAGGGAGGUCUUCCGGGAGGGAAGGUGAAGCUGUCUGGAUCCAUUAGCAGCCAAUACUUGACUGCUCUGGUUAUGGCUGCUCCACUGGCUUUAGGAGAUGUCGAGAUUGAAAUCAUUGACAAACUUAUAUCUGUACCUUAUGUCGAAAUGACAUUAAAGUUGAUGGAACGAUUUGGUAUUUUGGUGGAGCACAGCAGUAGCUGGGACAGGUUCUUUGUCCGAGGAGGUCAGAAAUACAAGUCUCCUGGAAAAGCUUAUGUAGAAGGUGAUGCUUCAAGUGCUAGUUACUUCUUGGCUGGUGCGGCUGUCACAGGUGGAACCAUAACUGUUGAAGGUUGUGGGACAAACAGUUUACAGGGGGAUGUGAAAUUUGCUGAGGUUCUUGAGAAAAUGGGAGCAGAAGUUACGUGGACAGAGAAUAGCGUCACAGUCAAAGGACCACCAAGGAAUUCGUCUGGAAGGAAGCAUUUGCGUGCCAUUGAUGUGAACAUGAAUAAAAUGCCUGAUGUUGCCAUGACACUUGCUGUAGUUGCACUUUUUGCUGAUGGUCCCACUGCUAUAAGAGACGGUACGGCUAGCUUACUUUCUGGCAAUCAGAUGGAAUUCAAAUUUUUCUUUCUAUUUCUUGCAUAAUUAACUAGCUGAGUG